UUGUGUACACGUAGGCACAAACUUGUUGCGUAGUACGCAUCAUAUGAAAAAGUGUCCAUUGUAACCUACUAUUGUCCAAGCUACAAAAUAAAUUAUUGCUUAAUUUCAGUCACUGUCUUUCCCCGAUGGAUCGAGCCUCCAAGCGCAGGCAGGUGAAGCCCCUGGCUGCCUCUCUUCUUGAUGUCCUGGACUAUGACAGCUCGGAUGACAGCGAUUUCGAAGUAGGAGAUGCAGAUGCCUCGGGGUCAGAGGCCACAGGGAACGGCAGCGAUGACGAGGGCUCCAAAGACGGAAUCGGAGGUGCGGACAGUGACUCGGAUGCCGUCGUGUCUCCUGACGAAGAGGGCAUCGAUGAUGAAGACACCAAAGAGCUUAAAGAUGAUGUGCAAGAAGAAGAGAAAGCCAAGGACCAGCCUUCCUCUGAGGAAAGCAGCAAAAAAGAAGCGGUCUCGAAAAAUCGCAGAAAAGCCGAAAAGACCUCAGACACGGAACCCAACGGGAGCAGCGCAGUCGAAGAAAACCCUAAAAAGUGGAACCUCCGAAGAAAUCGCCCCAUGCUGGACUUCACCACAAUGGAGCAGCUGAAUGAGAUGGAUGAUUACGACAGCGAGGACGACAACGACUGGAGGCCCACGUCGGGAAAGAAGAAAAACAAAGCUGCCGGGAAGGAGAAAGGAGGAAGUGAGGAUGAGGAAGAGGACGAAGGCAGCGCGGAAGGGGGCGACGACGAUGACGACGACGACGACGAUGACGGCAGCGAUGACGACGACGACGACGACGAUGACAAUAAUGACGAGGACAACGAGGACGAUGAUGUUGAGAGCAGCAGCAGUAGCGACAGUGAAGUGGCGGUUAAAAAAUUGAAGAAGAAAGCGAGUAAGAACACCGGAGCGUUUGACGAGGAGGAGACCAACGACAGCCACAGCACAUCUCAAGGAAAGGGAAAUGAGGACUGUUUGGUGGAGCGAGCUCAUGUGUGGCCCACACAGCGGAUGGAGCACAUUAUGAUCUGCUGCGUCUGUCUGGGAGACAACAGCGAGGACACGGACGAGAUCAUCCAGUGCGACAACUGCGGCGUGACUGUCCAUGAAGGCUGCUAUGGGGUUGACGGUGAGAGUGACUCGAUCAUGAGUUCGGCCUCAGAGAACUCCACAGAGCCGUGGUUCUGCGAUGCCUGUAAAAAUGGCGUGAUGCCCAGUUGUGAGCUGUGCCCCAAUCAGGAUGGGAUCUUCAAAGAGACAGAUGCUGGGAGGUGGGUGCACGUCGUAUGUGCGCUCUACGUUCCAGGAGUGGCGUUCGGAGACAUCGAUAAACUGCGGCCUGUAACACUGACAGAAAUGAACUACACCAAGUAUGGUGCCAAGGAGUGCAGUCUCUGCGAGGAUGCCCGCUUCGCCCGUACCGGUGUGUGUAUCAGCUGCGAUGCAGGCAUGUGUCGCUCCUACUUCCAUGUGACAUGUGCCCAGCGGGAAGGGCUUCUAUCCGAGGCCGCCGCAGAAGAGGACAUUGCCGACCCAUUCUUCGCCUACUGUAAGCAGCACGCUGACCGCUUUGACAGGAAGUGGAAGAGGAAGAACUACCUGGCGCUCCAGUCCUACUGCAAAGAGUCACUGCAUGAGAGAGAGAAGCAGCUCACUCCUGAAGCCCAGGCGAGGAUCAGCGCACGGCUGCAGCAGUACCGGGCGAAGGCAGAAGUGUCUCGGAACGCACGUCCUCAAGCGUGGGUACCGCGCGAGAAGCUCCCUCGUCCGCUCACCUCUAGCGCCUCGGCCGUGCGAAAGCUCCUGCGUAAAGCUGAGCUCAUGGGCAUCAGCACGGAUGUGUUCGCCACCGACACUGCGGAUGCCAGCGCCAGCCUGGACGGACGCCGUAAACACAAACAGCCUGCACUCACCGCCGAUUUCGUCAACUACUACCUCGAGCGGAACAUGAGGAUGAUCCAGAUCCAGGACAACAUCUUGGAGCAGAAGAACCUGAAAGACAAGCUGGAGAGCGAGCAGGAGAAGCUGCAUGUAGAGUACAACAAGCUCUGCGAGUCUCUGGAGGACUUGCAGAAUGUCAACGGGCUGCUGAGGACCGAAGGCCAGUCCAUGUGGAGCAUGUUGGGAAGCAUCCUCGGGCAGAAACUUAAUGCGCCAGCAGUUUUAAAGCCCCCCAAAGAGAGAAAGCCAAGCAAGAAAGAAGGUGGAAGUCCAGGAAAGUCCUCCAGUCUCCCAGCAGUGCUUUACAGCUGUGGGAUCUGUAAGAAGAACCAAGACCAGCAUCUCCUGUUACUGUGUGACACCUGCAAGCUGCACUACCACCUGGGCUGCCUGGAUCCACCUCUCACUCGCAUGCCCAAGAAGACCAAGAAUAGCUACUGGCAGUGCUCUGAGUGUGACCAGGCCAGCAGCGACGAGGCAGACAUCGCCAUGGAGACACUCCCUGAUGGUACCAAGAGGUCCAGGAGACAGAUCAAGGGGCCAAUCAAAUUCAUCCCUCAGGACAUGUCACCAGAGCCUAAAAAACUGCAACUGAGGGGCACGAGAACCCGGGGCCAGAAGAGGAAGCGGGUGUCUAUCUGCGAGGAAGAAAAGAUAGAGGAACCGGCACCACGGGAACGCAGACAGCGGCAGUCGGCGUUGCAAAAAAAACCAAAAGCCGACGAUACGAGGACGGAGUGUACCACCUGCAAAGGGCCCGGCGACAACGAGAACCUCGUUAGGUGUGAUGAGUGUCAGCUCUGUUACCACUUCGGCUGCCUGGACCCUCCCUUAAAGAAGUCGCCUAAGCAGACAGGCUACGGCUGGAUCUGUCAGGAAUGUGACACCUCAUCAUCGAAGCAUGCCUGUUUUAUUUAACUUGAUUAUGCAGUCUACUAAUAGUAGUAAUAAACAGUGUAUAACAACAUUUUCGUAUAAAUAGCAACAAUCAUUUUUAGGAUGGUUUUAUGCGCCGUGCAUCUGUUAGAAUAUGCGAUUAGAAUAAAGCAUGUGGCAUUUCAUUAUCGUACGUGUGUAAGCGGUUGCCAGAGGGCAGGAGUGUGAGUGGCAGGACGCAGUUCCUCCGCUCUUCCCCAAGGAGAGCAGUGGAGAUUUCCCACAAUGCCGCUGCCUGUCAGGGUGCUCGAGAUGGCUCUGCCUCGUGGAGGAAAUGUCAUCCUGUCUGCAAAAAGAAGAGAGACGUUCUCGAUUUAUAUGAAAAGAGAUCUGAAACAGAAGGCACAUCGAAUGACACCUGCAUUUUUGGACAGAAUAUCCCCAGCUUUCAGACAGAAAUGACUUUAGUAUAAAAAUCACUUAACAUCUCGAGCGUGUAGUAGAACACUGUGCUUCGAGUUUGACAAGAACAUUUCCGUUUACAUUCGGUAGAGAGAGGCCCGUCAGUAGUAAUACUUUCUAAAAUAAAAGUUUUGUGUUUCAAAAACGGGAUAGCAGAAUGUAUGGGCUUAUUUUUACUUAUUUAUCCAUUAAUCUAGCUGUGUUUUUGUCAGUUUGUUUAUUUAUUUAUUUGUUUGUUUAUUUGUUUAUUUAUUACAGGACGACAGGAUUUAAAAGAAUAUUAUGGCAAACACUUAACCAAAAGUUUUUACCUUGUUUUUAUUUGCCUGUUUGUUUGUUUGUUUGUUUAGUACAGGAUAGCAGGAUAUACAAUAGUAUUAUGUCAAUCAAUAUUUCAUCCUUUAAAUGUCUAUUUCAUUAUUUGUUUGUUUGAUUGUUUUAUUUACAGGAUAGUGGAAUGUAAAUUAUUAUGGCAAACACAAAAAGUAUUUGCAAUUAUUUUUUUUCUCUCUUUCUUUCCAUUUCUUUGAUUAUUUGGAUUUUGUUUCUUUGUUUUUUAAUUACAGGAUAGUAUGAUGUAAAAAA